CCUCGAGGCUCCCAUCUCGGCCGGAUUCCCUUGCGUGCGGCAUGCUCUCCGUCCGCCUGUCAUUAUGACACAUUUCGCAGUUCAUAAUUCGACUGGCAUUUACUUUGCCGAUGGAGCUCCCAACUUUGGCAGCAACACAUCCAACUUUGAUGGCUUUGAAGGCAAAGUAAAGAGCUUUGCCAUCGCAGACGAUGGCUCAAGAUUUGCUUGGAUUGCUGAUGGCCAAGUCCAUGUAGUGGAGGCUCCAAAAUGGGAAAAGAUUGGAUCCCUGAAGCACCCUCGUGCCCAGGAAGUUUGCUUCUCCCCAAUGGGCAGUUUCUUGGCUGUGUGGGACACCUAUGUCAAAAAUAAAGAUCAAAACCAAGCACAGCCUAACUUGAGCGUGUAUGACGUAGGUAAAAAGAAGUUGCUGCGAUCAUUUUUCCAGCAGAGCCAGAUCAGUUGGCAACCACAAUGGACAGCUGAUGAAGCAAUUAUGGCAAGGAAUAUUACGAGUGAAGUUCACUUCUUCAAGGCAAAUGACCUUUCUACAGUGGCUGAAAAGAAGGUUCUUGCAAAACUGAAGUCCUUUAGCUUGUCUCCUUCGAAGAACACUCACUAUGUUACAUUCUUUAUGCCAAGUGUACAAGGAGCUCCAGCUUUUGUGCAUUUAUACAGGUAUCCAGACUUUAAGGAAGCCUCAAAUGCUCUUGCCAACAAAAGCUUCUUUAAGGUAGACUCAAUUGACAACUUUUGGAACAAGCAGUGCACCGCAUGCUUAAUCUUAACUGGAGCAGAAAUGGACAAAACUGGCUCUUCGUAUUAUGGAGAGCACAUGCUGUUCUUCCUUAGCAUAAAGGGAGAUGCCACAAGAAUAACAUUUGCAAAGCCAGGAAACAUCCACUCUGUUGCUUGGUGUCCAAAUGGGCAGGAAUUCUUUGCUGUGUACGGGACCAUGCCCUCUAAGGCCACAUUAUUCAACCAAAAGUGUGAGGCUAUUGCAGAAUUCGGUACAGGGGCCAGGAACACUAUUCUUGUGAAUCCAUCUGGCAACAUUGCUAUGAUUGGUGGAUUUGGUAAUAUUGCAGCUAGGUUUGAGAUGUGGGACAUAGCAAACCAAAAGAAGCUAAGUGAAACUGAAUGUUCCGAUACAACACAUGUAAAGUGGGCCCCUUGUGGGCAGUAUCUGAUGACAGCAACUUGCUCUCCAAGGCUGAGAGUCAAUAAUGGAUACAAGAUAUGGCACUAUUCAGGAACAUUGCAGCAUGAGACAUUUGUAGAUGAACUCUAUGCUGUUAGUUUUCUACCCAAUGCCCAGCUAGCUAAGCCUUUCACUGUGUCGGGCAAACCUGUGAAGGGCAUUGAAUCCUCCAUAGCUACAGCAUCCAAGCAGAAGUACAUCCCACCAUCCCAGAGAGGUGCCAAAGGUGGCCCUGUUGGGGCACCAUCAACAGAGAAGAAAUUCCUGAGUCAGAUGGAGGAUCCAUUGAAGAUGGAAGAGCCUGCCCAGCUGUCCAAAUCGGCAAUGAAAAACAAGAAGAAGAGGGAGGCAGCUAAGAAGAAGCGUGAAGAGGAAGCGGAGAGCGGGGGAAAGGGGGGUAAGAACUGGAGGGAGCCGCAACCAGAAUCUCCCCCAGCCAGUGUUGCUGCCCCCGCCUCUGGACCUGGCGUUCAGGUUGAGCUGACUGGCGACCCCGAUAAGGAUAAAAAAAUCAAGAAUAUCAAAAAGAAACUUGAUGCCAUUGCCAAACUAAAGGCAGACCAAAAGAGCGGAAAGACGUUAGAGAUCAAUCAGCUAUCGAAAAUAGCCACAGAAGAUAAGCUCUUGAAGGAACUGGAAGAUCUUACCCUCUGAUCACCGCCUUGCAUUACAAAAUAAUUUCUUUAACUAUUGAUAUUAUAGGUUUCCAUGCAUGUGUGAAGAGUACUACUUUUGGUUUCCUUAUGUACAGUUUGCAAGGCAUAAAAGUUUAGAUCUUUCAAAAAGUCUUUAUUUCACUCUUUGUCAUUAUAUUAGAAAAUAAAGAUGGGUAUAUUGUAUUGCGGAGAAAUAAGUCAAUUCAAGAACAGUAAUUGAUGAUGUACCUAAGGAACAUUAUUAUUACAGAGAUAGUUGCCUGUUAUAACCAUAACUGUAACUUAUUAUUGUGAUAGGGCGCUAGGCAAGAACUUUGAACCACUGUUGCACAACUUUACAGCAGAGCUAUUAAGUUAGGAAAGCCAAGUUUUCUCUUCACUUCAAGCUAUUUCUCUCCAGCAGCUCUAGCUACUGUCUUCCAAACAGGCCACAUACCACUGAUAACAACACUGCAUGAGAGAAUAAUAGUUCUUGCUAUAUAGAGUUCAGAGGAUGUUAUCGUUGUGGCUCUGUAGAUGAUUGGGAAUCUGUCUUUUGCUUGGUCGUGGUAGGUGAGUAUGUUUUCUCUACUGAGUGUGGAAGAUAUAGAGUUUCCAUUUUGCUGCCUUUAGAGAGAGUGCAAAAAGUAUUUUCAAAAUUGAUUAUUGUGUCUAGAAUUAUGAAAAGAAAAAUCACUUGUUCUGACCACUGUGGAUGUUAUCUUAUAUAAGAAGGUUUGUUUAGAGAGGAUAUUUUGCAUCAAUACAUAGAGGGAAUAUGUAUAGAUUAAAGUAGUGCACUCAGAUUGUGGAUGUUGAUUUGUCACUUCAAGGAAAAUAAUAUGCUUUAUUUUUAUUUUUUGUUAUGUUUAAGGAAUUUUCGAAAUUAACUUGAAGAAGGAACUAAGUAUGGGUUUCAUGAAUAUGCUGUUGAAGUUAUACAUCUAAUUCAAGAAGGGAUAUUUUAGAAGGUGUUUCUACUUUAAAAACGAUAAGCAAGGUUAUAGGUAUAUGUUAAGGUACAGAUUGCAAAGUACAGAAACAUGCUGACUGGAGUGAGCCAUAGAUCUCAUGUCUGAUAAAAUAUCCUGAAUAGGUGUUUUCACAUUGUUUUACAUAUAACAUGUCCACUGUUUUAUUUUAUAUUGUAUAUUUUAUACAUUUGACAGUUGUUCUAACUUUGGAGAUUGUUGUCAAAUGAUGUAUAUAUUGUCAUUUAUACUCAAAUUUUCCAGUGUAUUUACAUUCUGAACUUGGUACUAAAUUAUUACCUUAUGUGAGAACUGUACCGUUUCUUAAAAUACAUGCAAAGUAGAAUGAA